ACGUCGUCCAAUAGGAAGUGUCGACGAAAUUUACGCACAGAAAUAUCACUGACGUGUCCACGAAAAGGGGACUACAUCGAGGGUUCAUGAUUAUUCUCGUUUUAUAUAAGAGGAAAACAACAGUGUUCGACGGUUCACGUUAAUCGACAGUUGUGACCAGUGUGAUCUUGCUACGAAAUUAUGGCAGCGUUAUUAAAUACUUUCGUCAAUUCUUUCACUAACAGACUCGAAGCACCGGUCAGACAACAUCUAAAAAAUGUUUACGGCUGUCUGUCCCUGUCAAUGGUUUCGGCCGCUGCAGGGUCUUACAUCCACCUGUACACAGAACUUCUGCAGGCUAACAUGCUGACCACCCUUGGCACAUUCGGUCUAUUGCUGGCUUUAAUCAGUACACCAGACAAUGGAAAAAAUCAGAAAUUGCGGCUCAGCUACCUCCUGGGCUUUGCACUUCUAUCUGGACUCGGAUUAGGUCCCCUGUUCCAAAUGAUUAUAGCUAUCAAUCCAAGCAUCAUAGUAUCUGCAUUAAUAGGAACAACUGUUGUAUUUGUAUCGUUCAGUAUCUCCUCCCUUUUGGCUGAACGAGGACGUUGGUUGUAUCUUGGCGGCACUCUACUUAGCUUGCUGAAUACUAUGGUCCUGUUCUCAUUCAUAAAUCUCUUUGUCCGUUGGUCCUUCUUCUACCAAGCCCACUUAUAUGUUGGAUUAUUUUUGAUGUGCGGCUUUGUGAUUUACGACACUCAGCUAAUCAUCGAAAAGUUCCACAUGGGUAGCAAAGAUUUCAUUUUGCACUCCUUGGAUCUUUUCAUAGACUUUAUUGCAAUUUUCCGUCAUCUUCUCAUCAUCCUUACACAAAAGGAAUUGGCAAAAGAGAAGCGAAAACGUGACUAAGCGGGAGGGAGGAGAAAAUCUGUAAAAUAUCAUACCAUUCAAGUAAAUCCAUAAACUAGUUGGUCUUCAUCUAAUCUAUCCAUAUGUAAGACAUAUAUAUUUACUACGAUAAAAUAAAUCUAAAGUAAUACAGCUUAUUGAUUACAUCAAGAAAUUUUUAGGCGUGCGUUUGCCGUAAAAACGCAGUUGUAUUUAUUUUGGAUUAGGUACUUAGUUGGUCCA